CGGGCCCGGCCAUGGCCGGCAUCGGCAUCGACCACUCCAAGCUGCCCGGAGUCAAGGAAGUAUGUCGAGACUUCGCUAUUCUGGAAGAUCAUACCUUGGCCCAUAAUUUACAGGAACAAGAGAUUGAGCAUCACUUGGCCACAAACGUUCAGCGUAAUCGUCUGGUGCAACAUGACUUGCAGAUGGCCAAGCAACUGCAAGAAGAGGAGGAUAAGAAAGCCCGUGCUCAAAUCCAGAAACACCAAAAAGACUUGGAACGACAGGACUGUGAGAUUGCUCAGGAAAUCCAAGUGAAACUCGCAUUUGAAGCGGAGGAGCGCCGCAGGCAAGAGGAAAAAGACGAGGAUAUUGCCCGUCUCUUACAACAGAAAGAACUGCAGGAAGAAAAAAAGCGCAAGAAGCACUACCCAGAGUCCCAGGGACACACAGGCUAUGAAGAGAGCUAUUAUGCAGAAAAUGGAGGCACUAAUUUGAGGGGGAUGAAACAAGCCAUGUACGAUGGACUCCGAAUGGAACAGGAGUUGUCUGAUGCAGAGAUUGCUCGGAAGCUGCAGGAGGAAGAGCUCCUGGCUAAUGAAGCAGAUCAGAAGGCAGCUCAAGUAGCCCAAGAUGAGGAAAUUGCUCGGCUCUUGAUGGCUGAGGAGAAAAAGGCUUUAAGAAAAGGGAAAGAAAGAGAAAAGUCUUCCUUUGAAAAGAGGAGGCAUGAUCAAGACUGGAAGCCUGAUGCAGGCGAGUCCACGCGCUCAAGGUCAAGAGAGGGGCCUGAAACUCAUCGGCACAGAAGUGACAGGCCUUCAAGGUCUCAGCCUCUCCCCGAUGACUUUGAACACUCUCGCUAUUACACGAGCCAGCCCAGCCCCUUGCGCCAGAUCCCCAAACCUGAGCACUCUCCUAAAGGUUCCCGUAGGAAGCAGUAAACUGUGCUAGCCUUUGCUUUGGUACUGACUCUUCUGUAGCAAACAUUACUGGAAUUGCCAGGCAACUUUCUCGAUUCCUGACCUAUUGGGAGGCCCACCUUCCACUCCCAGGAUCAUCUCUUUAAGUGUCAUCAUAUUAAGGAAAACUGUUUGUUUCAAUUUCUUACUCAUCUGUGAUGACUUGAGCAGUGCAGUGUAAUCUAGCUGCCACUGAGCUGUGCAGAUCAACCAGCUGGCUCAACAGCUCCCUCAUACAUUCUUUUCUUUUUAUUUUUUAAGUUUGGCUGGAGCUCUGACAAAUAAGACAAAUUGAGUUUCAUGUACAAUGGAGGAAAAUUGAAGAAAUUAGUUGAGUUAUGGAAAUGCAGCAGAACAUCAGAAGUACAAGUCCUUUCUGCAUUAGGAUAACUAAGCAAAGAGAACUGGAAGAGGAACAGUUUCUUCCUGGGUUGGAUAGGACAGCUGAGCCAACCUGACAGUCAUAUGAGCUUGCAGGAAGGAGAGAGCAUUGUCAAACAUAUACCAGCAAAAGCCAAACCUUGAGUCUAGUGAGAGGCAGAAAUUGCCUAUGAAUUAUUUAAUUGCUGUAUUUCUUUCUAGGGUUUGCAACAAUCUGAAUAGAGGGUGUAUAGGCAUUUAGCUCCAGGAUAUAGGAAAGACAGUUUCAACUGAAAUUAGACCUUGUGUUCAUGACUUAGGAUUUGCCAGGGAGUUCAAGAAGCUGUGAGUUGUGGUUUGGGAAGACUUAUACAAACAGAUCUAUGUGUCUGAAGGGACCUCUGUGGUCACCUGCUUUGAGCUUCAGUGUGGCAGAAGCCAAGGAAUUUAAUUAAAGCCAAGUAGGAUCUCCUGUAA